GACCGAAUUUAUGCGUGGAUUGGUCACUCUGCUGAUUGACAAACUCCAGUUUGACCUUGGCCUAACUGCUGCGCAGAAUCUUCGAUAUCCAUUAGAGUUCAAAUUGAAAACGGCCACUGGGGCAGAGCUACCCACCGAACCGCCGACCCCUGACUCUCGUCCCUUCGGUGAUCUGAUCGAAAGCGUGGAUCAUUUCAGUCACUUGGUCGAUGUCAUCUUACAGACUGACGCUCGCCUUACACAAUUAGCCUAUCCGUUGGAUCAACCACGCCCAUCCAAUAUCCUGGCGUUACCUGCCAUUUUUGGCCAGUGGAUUCUGUUGGAGCACAAACUGGCACUGAAUCGGUUGGAUAUGCUUCUCUCCUCACCCAGUGCAUGGAUCACAGUUGGUGAACCCACUCUAAGACCACAGUGUGCAGACGAUUUUAUUGCAUUCGUGCAUUCGCUUGGACUUCGGGGACGUCAGUUGUCGGACAAACAGCCCCGAAUUCGCUUCCUCCGCAUUCAGCUUCAUCUCAUCCGAGUGUUUUACGAGCGUUUGACCAGUUGUGCGAUCCAGCCAGCUGGUGAACCCCACGGCGCACCUAGUCAAGGCGACCAACCGUCUGAUACAGCUGCUCCGACCCGCUUGGGAAAGAUGUUUGGCCUUUUACACAAAUCUAUCCACCGGGGAUCUGUUCUUCGGUCCUCUCUCCGGUGGUUUAAAGACAAAGACACCGUGGUAGGACAUUCGAUGCGCUGGUUCGCCGUGAUCAACGCGUUGCAUUACCUUUGCGAUGCAUUGUUGGAGCUUUCCAACGAUUCGUACUACGUGUCUUUGUGGGAAGACAAUUCUGUGCGGACAUUUUUACAAACUCCUGACCCAUGGCUGACCGAUCUGGGACUGCACAUCGACGACUCGGUAGAGGAUCGCGAUUCGAAUGUGAGUUCCUUUCCGUGUAAUAGGUUGCUACUGAUGUCAUCAAUAUCCUCGUAA